AUGGCAGCCCUGACUGGGGCGAUCUACCUGCAGUUUACUCAGCUGGAGGGUUACGACUUCAUGACUGACCUGCAGCAGAACACCGCCAGGGAGAAUUUGAGUGGCUACCACAUGAGGCCAGGAGCCUCGAAGAGUCCGCAGGCCACUCCUCCCGCCAGCCCCGCUCGCAGCCUCCCGGGCACGCUGCUGCCUUUGACGGGCCUUCGAAGCAGCUCCCCGUGCGUGAGCCCCUCCAAGGGCACUGUCCCUAGCCCGCCGAAGUCUCCCCAAGCGACUCCCAGCUUCGACCUGAAAGCCUUGAUCCCGGAUCACCUGGACGAAGACAUCUUCGCAAGGUACGACUUCGACGACAAGGAGCUCGGCGCCGGGGGCUUCGGAAGCGUCUACUUGGCCAAGGACCGUAAGAUGGCCGACCGCGAGGUGGCCAUCAAAAAGGCCGUGAUGCUUGACGGAGAUAUGAGGCAAAACUUCCAGCAAGAAGUGAGGAUCAUGAAGGAGUUGGACCACCCCAACAUCUGCCGGGUCUACGAAAGCUACGACCACGGCCGCCACGUGUUCUUCGUGAUGGAGUUUUGUGCCGGUGGCGACUUGUUCGACCGCAUUUUAAGGCAGGGAGGACUCUCUGAAGCAGAAGCUGCGGAGAUCCUGCGCCAAGUUGCAGGGGCACUGAAGCACGCCCACGAGAAGGGGGUCGCUCACCGAGACCUGAAGCCAGAGAAUGUCUGCUUCUGCUCCGAGGACAUGCAGGACACGCGCGUGAAGGUCAUUGACUGGGGCCUGGGCUUCUACUUCAGGCGCUCCCGGAUGAACACGGCGGUUGGAAGUGGUGCCUAUGCCGCCCCAGAAGUCCAGUGCCCGGUUGGAGGUGGUGCCUACACCAGCGCGUGUGACCUGUGGAGUUUGGGUGCGAUGGCAUGCGUCAUGCUCUCAGGAGAGCCCCCCAACUACGGCGGGAAUGCUUUCGAUGAGCAGCGUGACUUUGCGCCCCAUGGGCCAAUAUGGGAGAAGAUGUCCUCCGACGCACGAUCACUGGUAACUUCCCUGCUAAAGUGGGAUCCGUCCCAGAGGCCGAGUGCGGACCAGGUCCUGAACCAUGCGUGGUUGAGGACCUACGACGAGCAGCCCAGCAUCAUGAGCUCCAAGACGGAAGUCCUCAAGAACCUGCGUCGGUUUAGCAACAACUCCACCUUCCUCUCGCUCUGCGCUGCCUCGGUGGCCCAGCAGCUCUCCCGACGUGGCCUAAAGGAGCUGGAGCAGGUCUUCAAGGAGCUCGACGCCAAUGGCGAUGGCAUCCUUGAGCUGCACGAGGUGCGAGCGGGAUUCCAGCAAAUCCUGGGCCGCGGAAGCGCGCCAUUGGAAGAAAUCGAGGAGAUGUUCUCGCGCCUGGACAUAGAUGGCUCCGGAGCCAUCGAUUACACCGAGUUCUUGGCCGCUGGCUUGGGCAACAGGGUCAAUAGCGAGGUGGAGGCCUUGUGGGCGGCCUUCAAGGCUUUCGACGUGCAUGAGUCGGACGGCAACAUCACAGAGGUAGAGGGCUUAGAAGGGGUCGACGACAACCAUCACCACCCCGCCAGGACCAGCACCACCACCACGGCCAUCGCCAUCGCCUACGUCAUCGGCACUAUCAUCAUCAUCAUCAUCAUCAUGACCGGCACCAUCAUCAUCAUCAUCAUGACAGGCACCACCAUCAUCAUCAUCAUGACCGGCACCACCAUCAUCAUCAUCAUGACCGGCACCAUCAUCAUCAUCAUCAUCAUGACCGGCACCAUCAUCAUCAUCAUGACCGGCACCACCAUCAUCAUCAUCAUGACCGGCACCAUCAUCAUCAUCAUCAUCAUGACCGGCACCACCAUCAUCAUCAUUAUGACCGGCACCAUCAUCACCAUCAUCGUCGCAUUUAUAAGUACGACCAUGAGGGCAGAGAUUGCCCACGUUCUGUUCGAAGCAGGUGCAGGUCGCGUGUGGUCCGCCGAGAAGUGCCAGGAGCUUGCGCGAGAAGUCGUGCAACAGUUCGAUCGGGAUGGCAACGGCUCGCUGGAUUUCGACGAGUGGCUGGAGAUGAUGAAACGGCUCGGAGCUGAGAUGCGGCUCCAGGGCAUGAGUUCUCCGAUCCUGAAGCCGACAUGA